UCCUCGCCGGCCGGCGGCCUCGGCGCCCGUCCUCGGCUCGCGCGGCCCACGACCGCGCCCGGGCCUCGGCCCCGCCAGGGCGCCCGCGCGGUUCGGGCGGGCCUCGCAGGCGAUGGCGGCCGCGGCGGCGCUCUCGGGCGCGGGCGCCCCUCCCGCGGGCGGCGGGGCCGGGGGCGGCGGGUCCCCGCCGGGCGGCUGGGCCGUGGCGCGGCUCGAGGGCCGCGAGUUCGAGUACCUCAUGAAGAAACGCUCGGUGACCAUCGGGCGCAACUCGUCGCAGGGCUCGGUGGACGUGAGCAUGGGCCACUCGAGCUUCAUCUCGCGGCGCCACCUGGAGAUCUUCACGCCCCCGGGCGGCGGCCUUGGUGCGGCGGCCCCCGAACCCGCGCAGCCCCGGCCCGACGCAGGCGGCGACUUCUACCUGCGCUGCCUGGGCAAGAACGGCGUGUUCGUGGACGGCGUGUUCCAGCGGCGCGGGGCGCCGCCGCUGCAGCUGCCCCGCGUGUGCACAUUCAGGUUUCCGAGCACAAACAUCAAGAUAACAUUCACGGCCCUGUCCAGUGAGAAAAGGGAGAAACAGGAGGCUCCCGAGUCCCCGGUGAAGCCUGUGCAGCCACACAUCUCGCCCCUGACCAUCAACAUUCCAGACACCAUGGCCCACCUCAUCAGCCCCCUCCCUUCCCCUACAGGCACCAUCAGCGCUGCAAACUCCUGCCCAUCCAGCCCCCGGGGAGCUGGGUCUUCAGGGUACAAAAUGGGCCGUGUGAUACCAUCUGACCUCAAUUUAAUGGCUGACAACUCACAGCCAGAAAAUGAAAAGGAAGCUUCAGGUGGAGACAGUCCAAAGGAUGAUUCAAAGCCACCUUAUUCCUAUGCACAAUUAAUAGUACAAGCGAUUACAAUGGCUCCUGAUAAGCAGCUCACCCUAAAUGGAAUUUAUACACACAUCACUAAAAAUUAUCCAUACUACAGGACUGCGGACAAGGGCUGGCAGAAUUCAAUUCGCCACAAUCUCUCUCUGAACCGUUAUUUCAUCAAAGUCCCGCGUUCCCAGGAAGAACCAGGCAAAGGCUCCUUCUGGAGGAUAGACCCAGCCUCUGAGAGCAAAUUGAUAGAGCAGGCUUUUAGGAAAAGACGGCCUAGGGGCGUGCCUUGCUUUAGAACCCCUCUGGGACCGCUCUCCUCUAGGAGUGCCCCGGCCUCUCCCAACCACGCGGGAGUGCUGUCUGCUCACUCCAGUGGUGCCCAGACCCCCGAGAGCCUGUCACGGGAAGGUUCGCCAGCCCCCCUGGAGCCUGAGCCCAGCGCCUCACAGCCCAAACUCGCCGUCAUCCAGGAGGCCCGGUUUGCCCAGAGUGCACCAGGCUCACCCCUGUCUGGCCAGCCUGUCUUAAUCACCGUCCAGCGGCAGCUACCCCCUGCGGUCAAGCCUGUUACCUACACUGUUGCAACCCCAGUGACCACCUCCACCUCUCAGCCACCGGUUGUGCAGACGGUCCACGUAGUCCACCAGAUACCAGCAGUGUCGGUCACCAGCGUGGCUGGACUAGCCCCAGCAAGCACUUACACAGUUGCGGGCCCAGCAGUGGUCACUCAGGCAGCGGUCCUGGCCCCUCCCAAAGCAGAACCACAAGAGAAUGGAGACCACAGGGAAGUCAAAGUGAAAGUGGAACCUGUUCCUGCGAUAAGCCACGCCACACUGGGUGCUGCCAGCCGGAUCAUCCAGACGUCACAGGCCACCCCAGUCCAGACAGUCACCAUCGUGCAGCAGGCCCCUCUCGGUCAACACCAGCUUCCAAUAAAAACUGUAACACAAAACGGGACCCACGUGGUGCCAGUGCCUGCUGCGGUGCAUGGCCAGGUGAACAAUGCCUCAGCGAGCCCUUUACACAUGCUGGCGACCCACGCGUCGGCCUCGGCAUCCCUGCCCACAAAGCGCCAGAACGGUGACCAGGCGGAGCAGCCGGAGCUGAAGCGGAUCAAGACGGAGGACGGCGAGAGCUUCGUCAUCGCGCUGAGUGUGGAUGGGCCACCAGCAGCCGUGCGGGAGAAGGGCGUCCAGAACUAGCGGCCGGAGCUCCUCCCUUGGCGGCUCCACGGGCUCGGGAGCAGCGUCCUGCAGGUGGACCCCUCGGCACUGACAGCCCAAACCCGGUGGCCUUAACACUCCUGGACGCAGUCAGGCCGCCUCGCCCAGGGCCAGCACCGGGGAGCACCCGAGGUCGGGGACCGGAGCGAGGCGCGCUUCCCCGCAGGCCCGGCCUGGAUGUGCCACAGCGCCAUGGCCCCGAGCACACGGGCAGGAGGGUGCCCAGCUCCUGCUCCAGCUCCGGCUCCAGCUUCGGCUCGGUCCUCCUGCGGACGCCGGGCCCAGUGCGCCCCCACGCGAUGGCUGCCCGGUGAACUGGCCCACGCCCGCGGUUCUGGGCUGAUUGUUUGCGUUGACUUGUCCCUGCAUAAUCCCACUUAAGUAAAGCGAGUCUCCGAGUGUUGUGUCCGCUAAGACGACAGAGCCCUUCCCUCUUUCAGAAAGCAGUCUGUUUCGUCACCUUCAAAACCGCGCCCUGGUGGUUUGGGAUGGGCCACCCUGGGUGUCCUGUGCUGGCUGGCAACCUGCUGAGUUCUCGGCAGGCCCUGGAGGCGAGCGACUGCUGGUCGCCCUUGGUUUGCAGGAGUUUCUCUGGCCUUGAGGAGUGGUCCUGCAGGAAGGCCAGCCUCUCCUAUAGCGGCACCGUGGCUUCGGCCCUGGCUUCCGGAGCGUUCCUGGCUAGGGCCCAGAAGCAGAGCAGACAGGCUCCAGCCUCAUUGUGAAUGUUCAGUGCCAUCAUCAUAACAUUAUUUAUUUAAAUGUAGUUAUUUUGGUAUUUAAUUUUUUUUUUAAAGAGGAAAAAAAAAAAAAAAACCUGUAUUUUCCUGGUGGAAUGAAAUGGCUCAGAAUGGUAUAU